UCCUGGUAACGGCGGCUCCACGGCUCCCGCGUCCUCCUCUAUGUCCCCGCCUUCUCCCCCUGCGGCCCGCCCCGUCUCCUCCUCCCUCCGCAGCCUCAGCUGCAGCCGUCUCGCCUGGCCCCGGCUGCCGGCUGCGAGCCGGACCCGCGGAGCCCCCGACGCCCCCUCCGGGCGCGGGCUUGGCUGCAGGCGACAGCGGGCCCGACCCCGGGGCGCCGCCGCUGGACCCCAGGCGUCCGCCCCGCGCCGUUGUCCCUGCGGCCCCUGGCCGGCCGGACCGCCCCGUCCCUGGCGGGGGGUGACCGCGGGGGGCGCGGGCGGGCGGCGCCUGCGGCUGAGGCUGGGGGGCGCCGGGUGUCGGGUCGGGAAGCAGCCGCCCCGGCUGUUGCCUCCCAGUCGUCGCCGCCCCGCGGGCCUCCCCGCGAGCGCGGGGACAGGUGCCCCGGCCGGGGUCUGUCGGGAAGAUGGCGACCCCGGGCAUGAGCUGGCAGCCGCACUAUUACGGCGGCUCGGCCGCCGGGGCGGCCAAAUUCGCGCCCUCGCCGACCGCCGCGCAGCUGGCGGGGCACAGCAUGGACUACAGCCAGGACAUGCACAUGAAGAUGAGCAAGAAGAUCGCCCAGCUCACCAAGGUAAUAUAUGCUUUGAACACUAAAAAUGAUGAGCAUGAAGCUGCAAUUCAAGCCCUCAAAGAUGCUCAUGAAGAAGAAAUCCAACAAAUUCUUGCAGAAACAAGAGAAAAAAUAUUGCAAUAUAAAAGCAAAGUGACAGAGGAGUUAGACCUUAAGAGAAAGAUUCAAGUUUUAGAAGCAUCAUUAGAAGAUCAUAUAAAAAUGAAGCAGCAGGCUUUGACAGAAUUUGAAGCUUAUAAGCACAGAGUUGAGGACAUGCAACUCUGUGCAGAAGCCCAGCAUGUCCAACGCAUAGUGACCAUGUCUAGAGAGGUGGAAGAGAUUAGAAGGAAAUUUGAAGAAAGAUUACGGAGCUUUGGACAACUUCAAGUACAGUUUGAGAAAGACAAAAGAUUGGCACUUGAAGAUUUGCAGACUGCUCACAGACAGGAGAUCCAGGAGCUAUUGAAGUCACAGCAGGAUCACAACUCCUCAGUCAAUAAAGGGCAGGAGAAGGCAGAGGAACUGCACAGACUGGAGGUGGAGACCUUAAACAAAACACUUGAAGAGCUUAGACUUGAACAGAAAAAACUAAUUGAAGAUUAUGAAGGCAAGUUGAAAAAAGCUCAGUCCUUUUAUGAACGUGAACUUGAUACUUUGAAAAGGUCACAGCUUUUUACAGCGGAAAGCCUACAGGCCAGCAAAGAAAAGGAAGCUGAUCUUAGAAAAGAAUUUCAAGGACAAGAAGCAAUUUUACGAAAAACCAUAGGAAAAUUAAAGACAGAGUUACAGAUGGUACAGGAUGAAGCUGGAAGUCUUCUUGACAAAUGCCAAAAGCUUGAGAUGGCACUUGCUACAGCAGAGAACAAUGUUCAGGUUCUUCAAAAACAGCUUGAUGAAGCCAAGGAGGGAGAAAUGGCCUUAUUAAGCAAGCACAAAGAAGUGGAAAGUGAGCUAGCAGCUGCCAGAGAACGUUUACAGCAGCAAGCUUCAGAUCUUAUCCUCAAAGCUAGUCAUAUUGGAAUGCUUCAAGCAACUCAGAUGACCCAGGAGGUUACAAUUAAAGACUUAGAAUCAGAAAAAUCGAGAGCGAAUGAAAGAUUAUCUCAACUUGAAGAGGAAAGAGCUUUUUUGGAAAGCAAAACCCAAAGUCUGGAUGAAGAGCAGAAGCAGCAGAUUCUGGAACUAGAGAAGAAAGGAAAUGAAGCAAAGAGAACUCAGCAAGAAUAUUAUGAAAUGGAGCUAAAAAACCUGCAAAAUAGAUUAGAAGAGGAGGUAACUCAAUUAAACGAGGCACAUUCUAAGACUUUGGAAGAAUUAGCUUGGAAGCACCAUAUGGCAAUUGAGGCUGUCCACAGUAAUGCAAUUAGGGAUAAGAAAAAACUGCAAAUGGGAUUGGAGAACAACAUAAAAAGGAAAACUAAACCUGGAGAAGAUAAAAUCAUCUUCGGCAAGAGGCUAGAAAACCUGAAGAAAAUACUGGAAGAUAAGUUGAAUACAGCAAACUUGCAGAUUGGCCGCCUCCAAGAUCUGGUAAGGAAAAGUGAACAAGGUCUUGGCUCUGCAGAAGGACUUAUUGCGAGUCUUCAGGACUCCCAAGAGAGGCUGCAGAAUGAGCUUGGCUUGACUAAAGGCAGGCUAAAGGAGACCAAGGAUGCUCUACUAAAUGUGGAGGAUGAGCUAGAACAAGAAAGGCAACAGCAUGAAGAAAUACUUGCAACCAUGAAAGAAGAAGAGAAGCUCAGAGUGGAGAGAAUGGCCCAUGACUUAGAAAUCAAGUGGACUGAAAAUCUUAGACGGGAGUGUUCUAAACUUCGGGAAGAGUUAAGGCUUCAACAUGAAGAGGAUAAGAAGUCAGCGAUGUCUCAACUUUUGCAAUUAAAAGAGCGAGAGAAAAAUGCAGCUAGAGAUUCAUGGCAGAAGAAAGUAGAAGAUCUCUUAAACCAGAUUUCCUUGCUGAAACAGAAUCUGGAGAUUCAGCUUUCCCAGUCUCAGACUUCUUUGCAGCAACUGCAAGCCCAGUUCACACAAGAACGACAGCGGCUUACACAAGAGCUUGAAGAAUUAGAAGAACAACAUCAACAAAGACAUAAAUCCUUAAAAGAAGCACAUGUCCUUGCAUUUCAAACUAUGGAAGAAGAAAAGGAAAAGGAACAAAGAGCUCUUGAAAAUCAUUUACAUCAGAAACAUUCUGCAGAGCUUCUGUCUUUGAAAGAUGCACACAGAGAGUCAAUGGAGGGCUUCCGGGUAGAAAUGGAACAGGAACUUCAGACUCUUCGGUUUGAAUUAGAAGAUGAAGGAAAGGCUAUGCUUGCUUCCCUACGCUCAGAACUAAACCAUCAACAUGCAGCUGCAAUUGAUUUGUUACGGCACAGUCAUCAUCAAGAACUGGCAGCUGCUAAAAUGGAACUGGAGAGAAGCAUAGACAUCAGCAGAAGACAGAGUAAGGAGCACAUGUGUAGAAUAACAGAUCUACAAGAAGAAUUAAGACACAGAGAGCAUCACAUCUCUGACUUGGAUAAGGAGGUACAGCACCUUCAUGAGAAUAUAAGUGCCCUAACCAAAGAACUGGAAUUUAAGGGGAAAGAGAUUCUCAGAAUACGAAGUGAAUCUAACCAACAGAUAAGGUUGCAUGAACAAGAUUUAAACAAGAGACUUGAGAAAGAGUUGGAUGUCAUGACAGCAGACCACCUCAGAGAGAAAAAUAUCAUGCGGGCAGAUUUUAAUAAGACUAACGAGCUACUCAAGGAAAUAAAUGCAGCUUUACAAGUGUCACUAGAAGAAAUGGAAGAAAAAUAUCUAAUGAGAGAAUCAAAACCAGAAGAUAUACAGAUGAUAACAGAAUUAAAAGCCAUGCUUACAGAAAGAGACCAGAUCAUAAAGAAACUAAUUGAGGAUAAUAAAUUUUACCAGCUGGAAUUAGUCAAUCGAGAAACUAACUUCAACAAAGUGUUUAACUCAAGUCCUACUGUUGGUGUUAUUAAUCCAUUGACUAAGCAAAAGAAGAAGAAUGAUAAAUCACCAACAAACAGGUUUGUGAGUGUUCCCAAUCUAAGUGCUCUGGAAUCUGGUGGAGUGGGCAAUGGACAUCCUAACCGCCUGGAUCCCAUUCCUAAUUCUCCAAUCCACGAUAUUGAGUUCAACAGCAGCAAACCACUUCCACAGCCAGUGCCACCCAAAGAGCCCAAGACAUUUUUGAGUCCUCCUCAGAGUGAAGCUUCCCCGGUGGCUUCUCCAGAUCCCCAGCGCCAGGAGUGGUUUGCCCGGUACUUCACAUUCUGAAAGAAUUGUGUUGGCACAGCUCUGUGUGGACUGUUACUAAGAGCAUGACUUUAUAAACUCAUUAUGUGAACAGGCUUUCCUAUGUCAAACACUGUGAAUGAUAAAGUAUUUGUCUCUCUAAUUUAAAAAUGCACUGUAUUUCCUGUGAUAUUUAUUGGAAUCACUCUAUAAGGUACUAUAUUAUGUGUGUAAUUAUAAUUAUUUUUAUUUAAGAUGGAAGAGUCUUUAAUCUUUGUAAUUACUGCAUAAUAAAUUUUGUUAGAAU